UUCACUGAGGUGGGAAGAGGGGCGCUGAGGGUUUACUCUGUGUUAUGAAAAGCAGCCGCAGCUCGUCUGAAUGAAAGCAUUCUUCAGUGCGGCUGACCAAUAACUUUUCUUCAUUCUGUGGUCCUUGUUUGACGCGUCAGCCAGGCGCGCCCACUGCUGCACAUCUCAGCUCCUCUCUGGAUGGAUUCACGGAAAGACUACACACAUACCUCAGAAAGAGGUUUGCAGCCGAGUGGGGAAGUCACGGACAAGGCCCAGCAAAAACGGAGCUAAACGAGCUAAAAGUUAGCAGAUCAUCCGGCUGUCUUCAUCCAGAUAGCUAAUAAAAGGGAGCUGCACUUUUUAGGGUUACUCAGGACACACCCAGUCCCAACUUCAACACAGGAACCGGAUGAUCAGAAAGAAGGACAGGACAUACAACUGGAUCCCUCUGGGGAACAGCCCAGCAUAAUCACAGAGACGUGAGAGGUUACAUCCUCACAACAAUGGGUGACUCUGGAGAAGACUAUGGAAACUACACCUACGAGUACUACAUGGAGUAUGGCGACUUGGAGGAACUUAAAGUCGACCACAGGCAGAGGGAAACUAUGCACAUCAUCUCAGUGGUCAUCUACAUCAUUUCCUUUGUGCUUGGUCUGAUUGGAAAUGGAACUGUCAUUUGGGUGACGGCAUUUAAAAGCAAAAAGACUGUCAACAGUAUUUGGUUGCUCAACCUAGCCAUGGCAGACUUUGUGUUUGUGCUCUUUCUACCCUUCUACAUUGAUUACAUACUGCGGGACUUCCACUGGGACUUUGGUGUGGUCAUGUGUAAGCUUAACUCAUUUGUGUCCGUGAUGAACAUGUAUGCCAGUGUGCUCUUUCUCACAAUGCUCAGCAUAGACAGGUAUGUUUCUCUGGUGCACCUCAACUGGUCUCAGAGGUACCGCACGAUAAACAGAGCGUGGGUUGUGUGUGGUUGCAUAUGGAUGCUGGCUGCCGCCAUGAGCUGCCCCGCGCUGAUUUUUCGCGACACCAUGCGCUUACACGACAAAGUGGUGUGCUUCAACAACUUCCACACACAGGACGCACACACAGCGGCCGUGAGACACAUUAUGAUAGUGGUCAUUCGCACCACUGUGGGCUUCCUUUUGCCUUUUACUGCCAUAUGUGUGACGGGUAUACUUCUGACACUCAAAGUGAAUCAAUCUGGGGGCGCGGUUCGGCUGUCCAGCUUCUCCCGAACAGUCUCCGCUGUAAUUCUGGCCUUCUUUUUAUGCUGGGCACCUUUUCAUACAUUUAGCUUGAUGGAGUUAUCCGUACAUUCCUCAAUAUACCUACACAGCAUACUGAGAGCUGGCUUCCCUCUUGCCACCAGCUUAGGCUUUUUCAACAGCUGCAUUAACCCCCUCCUGUAUAUGCUGCUGGGCAAAAAGGUGCGUCAUAUCCUGAAGCGUGCAUGCCUGAACAUUACUAAGAGUUCACUGAGAGAGCUCAGUCAGUCGAUCUCUGCCACCGAGAUGGAGUCUGUGCCAGGAGUUCACCUGGACAGUGUCCCAGAGGAGCCUGUGGUGUCAUCAACUCUAUGAUUACAACAAUCCUCAGACUGUAGUAGUCGUCCAUGAAAAACAUUAAAGUAAGACUGGCUAUUACUUUAGCGUAAAUGUGGAGGACUAUCAUAGCUGUUCUUUCCAGCUGUGGUGUUAAGAUUUUCCUAUUUUGUUUCACUUGGAAGGAGUUAUGCGUAAUUACUCUCAAUGGAAAAAGUUGAGCAGAGCUGUGUAUAACGUGCACAUGGAGUUAGUAUCUUUUUCCUUUAGUUUUCAUUUGCAUAACUCGAGUGAUUUACAAAUGAAAGAGACAAAAUCAAUGCUGAAACAGAUGAUUAGUUGAUCAACAGAAAAUUAAUCUGCACAUAUUUUGAUAAUCAAUUAAUCAUUUUUUUUAAAAAUCACAAGCAUCCUGUAGUUACAGCUUCAUAAUUGUGAGAAUUUGCUGCUUUGAAUGUAUUUGUCAUCUAUGAUGGUAAACUGAACAUGUUUGGUUUUUUGGACUGUUGCUCGGACAAAAGGAGCAAUUUCAAGAUUGUGAUGGACAUUUUUCACUAUUACCUGUUAUUUUAUAGACCAAGUGAAACAUACAGAUUGAUUCAUAAUGAAAGUAGUUGCAGUAUUAUAUCAAAUGCAUAUGUAUUUACUGAUUUUGUUAUUGUUGUACUCUUGAGGCAAGACAUCUUUGGCUCUUUGAGAUGAGAUUAUGUUGCAUAAAUCUAUUAUUAUUAGUCUUCUAUUAAUGUAUAGUAAGAUUGUUAAACUAGUUGAGAGUUGUAUAAAUGUUUUAUUCUAAUAUAUUUCAAGUAAAUUCCUAAUACAUUUAUUCUUCUGAACA